GGAGAUCGUGUUAUUUUUUCACAAGAGAAAAGGCCAAACAAGAAACACGCAAAAGGCCACCGGUUAAAACCUCCUCCCACGCCGAGUCUCCGGUCGUCAUCGCCGCGCCCACCCCGUAUUCUUCUUCUUCUUCUCCACCCGGAGAGCCGAACGAACCAUUCAGCUGACGCCAGACGCCGAGAGGGGAGACCCGCCCAGAGCCCCAGAACCAGAAGCGCGUCCGCUCGUCUAGUGGUCCGGCGAUGUCGAACCCCGACGUGGAGGCGGGCGGCCCGGCGCGGGCGGCGCCGGCGACGACGGGGAUCAUGCCGCCGCCGGGGCGGUACAGCGUGGUCGGCAACGGCAACGACAGCGCGCCGCCGUACGUGGCGCCGUCGCCGUUCUACUACGACAACGCGGCGGCACACGAGCGGCACCACUGGUCGUGGCUGGUGCCGCUGGUGGUGAUCGCCAACGUGGCCAUGUUCGUCGUGGUCAUGUUCGCCAACAACUGCCCGCGCGGCGGCGUGGACUGCGUCGGCCGGGGCUUCCUCCGCCGCUUCUCCUUCCAGCCGCUCAAGGAGAACCCCCUCCUCGGCCCCUCCGCCGCCACGCUGCAGAAGUACGGCGCCCUCGACUGGUACAAGGUCGUGCACGGGAGCCAGGCUUGGCGGCUGGAGUCGUGCACCUGGCUGCACGCCGGCCUCAUCCACCUGCUCGCCAACAUGAUCAGCCUCAUCCUCAUCGGCGUCCGCCUCGAGCAGCAGUUCGGAUUCUGGAAGGUCGGGCUGGUGUACCUCGUCUCGGGCUUCGGCGGGAGCGUGCUCUCGGUGCUCUUCAUCAGGAAGGGCGUCUCCGUCGGCGCCUCCGGCGCGCUCUUCGGCCUCCUCGGAGCGAUGCUGUCGGAGCUCAUCACCAACUGGACCAUCUACACCAACAGAUUUGCAGCCUUGGUGAACCUGAUCAUCAUCGCCGCCAUCAACCUGGCGGUGGGCAUACUCCCCCUCGUCGACAACUUCGCGCACAUCGGCGGGUUCGCCACCGGCUUCCUCCUCGGGUUCGUGCUGCUGAUCCAGCCCCAGUUCGGGUGGCUGGAGCAGCCCUUCGGUGCCAAGUCAAAGUCCAAGUACAAGUACAAGGCGUAUCAGAUCAUCCUCCUGCUUCUUGCACUCGUCUUGCUGGCUGCAGGGUUUGCUGUUGGAUUGGUCAUGGUGUUCAGGGGAGAGAACGGCAACGAUCACUGCAGCUGGUGUCACUACCUCACCUGCGUGCCGACGUCAAGCUGGAAGUGUGACAAUUGACCUGAACAGAGAUUAGCGACGCGUUAGCACUCUCGCAUCUUUACAGGAGAAGUGAGAGCAUGCGUCCCCACCAUUGGAGACAAUGUCAAGAUAGAUACAUGCCCCCUCACCUUGCACGACAUUGUCAAUAUAUUGCUUUCAAGUUUGGUUUUUAAAUUCUGCCUUGUAUAGAAUUUCAAACUUGUCCCUUUCGCAUUCUUUGCACAUGAGGAGUUCAUCAGUAAUAUUUCUUGUAUAUCUUAAGAACUCUGUAAAUCACACUGCCUGUCUUCUGAUUGAUGCGUUUAUUCAUUGGUUCA